AUGCUGCCUUUGACACGGACUGCUCUGGCCGUCCUUGCCCUGGCCCUCACCUCACAAGCCACCUACACAACCCGGCUGCUGUACCAGUUCCCCGACUACCUGCAAUGGAUCGAGAACAUGGCCGUGCGCCCCAACGGCAACAUCCUCCUCACCACCUUUGACCGGGCCCACGUCUACGAGCUCGACCCGACAUCCGGCCGGGCACCCGGCCUCGUCGCCGCCCUGCCCGACGCCGACGCCGCCAUCGGCAUCACCGAAAUCGCACCGGACCUCUUCGCCGUCGAGGCCGGCCUCCUCAACCGCACCGACUACCAGCUGCACGGCUCCGGCCGCAUCGACACCCUGGACUUUUCCUGCCCCGGCUGCGCCGCCCUGCCCCGCGUCCGGACCCGCGUCGCCGCCCUCCCCGACGCGAAGCUCCUCAACGGCAUGGCCGCUCUCAGCCGCCACGUGGUGCUCAGCGCCGACUCCAUCACCGGCACCGUCUACCGCACCGACACCGCCACCGGCGCCGUGAGCGUGGCCUUCCGAGACCCGAGGCUGGCCCCGAGAGACAACCCGGACCCCUUUUUGCGGCUGCUCGGCGUCAACGGGCUGCGCACGCACGGCGACUACCUCUACGUGACCAGCACGUCGGCCGGGUUCCUCGGCCGCUACCCAGUCGACGCCAGGGGCACGCCGAGGGGCGCGCUGGAGGUGCUGGCGGGGUACGCGGCGCCGCGCAGCCCGGACGACUUUGCGGUCGCGCGCAACGGCACCGUCUUCGGCGCGGUGCCGCUGGACAGCGUGGCGAGGGUGGCGCCGGGCGGCAGCAUCGCUGAUUAUGUGGCCUUCAUUGUGAACCACGAUGGGCGGCUGCAGCGGCCGACGUCGACGGUGCUGAGCUUGGACGAGAGGACGCUGUACGUGUCGACGGGGGGCAGGAAUAAGCCGGGCGGGAAGGGAGGUCAAAUAUUCGCGGUGAGCUUAUGA